AUGUACAUACCUCGCAGCGAUUCGCAUUCUCAAGAUAGCGACUCGCGGGUACCAUUCCCGAGGGCUGUGUCGGCUGACCACACGAACGGUCAGAGCGCUGUGCCGGCGAAACCAGAGGUCACUGCUCCCCAGGAGAGACCACGGCAGCCUAGAGGUCGUUUCCAGAGUGAGAUAGACGGUUCCAGCUCGCGCAGGAAGGGACGGCCAAACUCGUACGAUGACUUGGGCGCGAAACCGCGUAGAUCAAGAUUCGAGAGCAUGGUCAACCUCGGUGUCGUGACGAGCAACGCGAGUGCAAGCGACCUGCUUUCCCGUGAUCCCUACGAGGGCAGUGCGGUUCGUCAGACACUCAUCGUCAGGGAGGAUGGUAAGCCACCUACACAAUUCCAACUUGGCAACUGUAUCGGACGUGGUCAAUUUGGCGCAGUGUACCGAGCCUUGAACCUUAACACUGGACAGAUGGUAGCCGUGAAGCGCAUUAGACUUGAGGGACUGAAGGAGCCCGAGAUCGCCCAACUCAUGAAGGAGGUUGACUUGGUCAAGAGCUUGUCACAUCCGAGUAUCGUCAAGUAUGAGGGGAUGGCGAGAGACGACGACUCGCUCAGCAUCGUACUCGAAUACGCGGAAAACGGUUCGCUUGGACAGACGCUCAAAGCAUUUGGCAAGCUCAACGAACGCCUUGUCGCCGGUUACGUAGUCAAGAUUCUGGAGGGGCUGCAUUACCUCCAUCAGAGCGAUGUUGUGCAUUGCGACCUAAAGGCGGCGAACAUACUGACAACUAAGAACGGCAAUGUGAAAUUGUCUGACUUCGGUGUCUCGCUCAAUUUGCGUGCUAUGGAGCGUGAGCCGAACAACGUAGCGGGCACCCCGAAUUGGAUGGCGCCGGAAGUGAUCGAGUUGAAGGGCGCCUCCCCGAAAUCAGAUAUCUGGUCUUUAGCAUGCACUGUUAUAGAGUUGCUGACUGGUCGGCCGCCAUAUGCGGAGAUCAGCAACAGUAUGACUGUGAUGUUUCGAAUUGUUGAAGACAAGAUCCCGCCCUUACCAGAAGGUUGCUCGGAAAGUCUGAAGGAUUUCCUCAGACUUUGCUUCAACAAGGACCCUAAGCGGCGCCCUACUGCCGAGGCACUCUGCGAACACGAAUGGCUGAAGAAGAAUUGGGCGAUCCAUAACAAGGAGUUACGACCUCAGGACAGUAUACCCUUUCUCCGACGCGUCAGCGCCGAUUAUCAGAACCAGAAGUCCGAGGCCCUACGAUAUCUCGCCCAGCUCGAGAUGCCGGACCCAGAGAAGGCUUCCUCGCCUGAACGCGUUCGUCCGGACGGCUCUCCUUCGAGGCGGAGAAUGUCAAAUGAUCCUGAUGCCAUAUCGCCCCGAGAGCACUCUUUUGUCAGGACAACAUUUGGAAAGCGUGCGUACAGCCUGACUAAUUGCUGGAUUACUCACUGA